CGCUCUUCUUCUCUACACCAAGCUCUCCCCUCCAUUAUAGCAUCUCCACAGAGAAAGAGAGAGAACAGUGUAAUGGCCAUAGAGCAAUCUUAUUCCUGUAGCCAUGCAGAUGAUGACGACUACAUUGACAUGGAACUGAUGAGCUCUUCUCAGAAUUUCUUCUGUUACUCUAUUAGCUCUCCACCUCAAAGCAGAGAGUUUGAGUUCCAGAUGUCGUUGACGUCCAACGAUAGAGAAAUCACCACUUUCCCUGCUGAUGAGCUCUUCUACAAGGGCAAACUCCUCCCUCUACACCUCCCUCCUCGCCUGCAAAUGGUUCAAAAGCUCCUCCAAAACCCCACCACCAAUACUUUUGAACCUUUUGAAGAAAACUGUUCUAUUCCCUUUGUUAAUCUUAGCUGCUCCCCCACUACCACCCCACUGGAAUCUUGCAAUAUCUCACCAUCAGAAUCUUGCAGGGUUAGUAGUGAACUAAACCCAGAUGAGUAUUUCUUUGAAUUCUCAUCUGAGCUCAACAGCUUCAUUGGUAACCAUCCAAUAAAGAAGUCUUGGACCGAGAAAUUGAAGCAAUCCUUACUGGGUCAAAAACUCAAGGCUUCAAGUGCAUAUGUCAAGUCUUUGUUCAAUAAAUCUGGCUGCACAGCCGAGUCCUGCGCUAAACCAGCACAUAAUGCAGAACCAGAAGCUGCCUCAAAAGGCAAUGAUUGCUUAAGCAAGUGCAUGAAUGUAGCCAUGAAGAAAAACUCAUUUAGUGAAUUUGAUAGUGGAAGACGCAAAAUAUCAAGUAGUCUUGUCAGAAGUAUUGAAAGAGAGAUGGCUAGAGAUGGCUUUCAUAGCCAAAGAAGGUCCUUCUCAGGGGCGAUUCAACGGCAUUCUACAAAUAAGCAGUUAUCAUCUUCUUCUGGCUCUUCUUCAUCUUCUUCAUCCUCAUCAUUUUCAUUUAGUUCAUCAAAUGGGUUUUGUGAUUUACAAUUGCUUAAGAGAAGUAGCAGUGCGAAUUCAGAGAUAGAGAGUUCAAUUGAAGGAGCUAUUGCCUACUGCAAAAAAUCUCAUGAGCAGCUAUUUCUUUCUAGGAAUACUGCAACUGAUCAUCAAGCUGGAGUCUGUUCAUUGUCAGCUGCUUCAGGAACGGUAACUUCUGGGGAUCAAGAAAGGGUUAAGAUCUGCGCCAUAUAAAGGUAAGAAAAUAUAGAAAGAUGGAGAUGGGUUUGCGAUUGAUUUCAGUAUCAUUCUGAUCCAACAUUUUAAGAUCCUGUAGUGUAAUUUUCUUGAAGAUUAUUGAGUGAUUCCUUUGUAUAUCAACUUUAAGAUUUUCUUUUGGGGUUCUUUCUCCUGUGUGAUUGCACUUUGCACAAGUUAUUCCAGGAAGAUGAAUCCAAAAUCUAUUCUCUGAAUAAUUUCUUUCUUUUUUUCUUUUUUUUUUUAGCGAUUUGCAAGAACCUCUUCGUUUUAGUCAUCAUUAACGAGUUAAUUAGGACGCUGUGAUGAAUUUAUG